AUGGCUGCUGCCGUCUGCCCGGUGGUUGGCACCACCAACACCGUCCUUCCUCCCAAGCACCCCGAUUUCGACAUGGACAAGCCUGGUCAGGUCUGCCCUGUCACAAAGGCUACCACGGACCACCACCACAACCUCCACAAGCACCCGGGGAUCUUCGACUCGACCGCCCAAGACCUCGCCAACGCCGAUAACUGCCCCGCCCUCACCAAGAUUGUCAGCCGCCCCGAGCAGCAGGCCAUGGACGAGGGCAUCUGCCCUGUGGUUGGCACCGUCUCGACCGUCUUGCCUCCGAACCACCCCUCGACGAAGGAUGCGAAGGAGGGCGAUGUCUGUCCCGUCACCAACGCCAAGUUUGAGCAUCAUAGGGACAAGGUGCACGAGCACCCCAACCUCGAGACAGCUGCCAAGGGUGCGGUUUGUCCGGUGGUGGGAAAGAAGGCAUGA